GCGGUAUAUAAGCCGAAAACCGCCGAUCCACCGGUAUCAUUCGCAUCACAGACUCGAAGAUCGAGCGAACUACCGAUCAACCAAGCGCAACCAUGGCCUUCAAGCUCAUCGCCCUCGCCACCCUGAUCGCCGCCGCCAACGCCGGUGUGAUUGCUCCUGCCGCUCCUUUGGCAUAUGCCGCGGCUCCCGUCGCCGUGGCCAAAGCGGUCGACGCUGACUUCGACCCGCACCCUCAGUACAGCUACGCUUACGACGUGCACGACAGCUUGACCGGUGACGCUAAGAGCCAACAGGAGAUCCGUGACGGCGACAUCGUCCAAGGCAGCUACUCCCUCCUGGAAGCCGACGGCACCAGGCGCAUCGUUGACUACACCGCCGACCCCGUCAACGGAUUCAACGCCGUAGUCCGCAAGGAACCCGCCGCCGUCGCCGUGAAGGCCGUCGCCGCCGCUCCCGUCGCUCACGUCGCACCGGCUCCUCUCGCUUACGCCGCACCGGUAGCUAAGUUCGCCACCCCGGUAGCUCACGCACCCCUCGCCUACGCCGCCCCCGUAGCUAAGUUCGCAGCCGCUCCGGUCGCUUACGCCGCGCCGAUCGCCAAGGUCGCCGCUCCCGUCGCGUACGCCACACCAUUCGCCAAGGUCGCAGCCCCCGUCGCCUACGCCGCCGCCCCUGCCUACGCUGCCGCCCCUGCCUACGUUCACUGAACUGACCGGAUCACUACUUAGGAAUCAUGUUUAUUGAAUAAAUCUCAUUUUUCUUAGCAAGUA